AAGUGAUUGUUGGAGAGCGAAAGAGAAAUAGAGAGAGAAAUAGAGAGAGAGAGAGAGGGGGAAGUGAUUUUGAAGUCCCAGAAAUACAGGCUGAGAAAUCGCCAUUUUCCUUCUUUCCUUCUUUCCUUCUUUCUUGUCUGUAAAUCCACUCACUCACUCCCAACACAGCUCCCAACUCUCUCUCUCUCUCUAUCUUCGACCUACUUGACUCACAGCUUUCCUUUCUCUCUCGAUCGAUUUCAUAUGGAAAUGCACCCAUUGCUUCUCACAGAUCCAAAAUGUGUGCUUUUGUAAUGUAAUCUGAAUCGCGGCCCAAAUUUGAUUACAGAUGGGAUCCGGCGGUAGCAAAGCCUCUGCGCCUUCUUCUUUGUCGUCGUCUUCCUCUGGUGUUCGAAGGGUUCGAUCUAAAGCGCACAGAGUAUUACAAUCCUCCUGUCUCGGUAACUCGUCGCGAUCUCACGACAGCGACAAUGACGAUCAGGUUUGUGAUAAUCAGGACAAAGAAAAUGGUUCUACAAACCUUAAUGGGUGUGGGAUUGAGUCGACCCAAUCCAAAAUUGAGUGUUACAGAAAGGUUAAGGUUGGGCAGUCUGAUGAAAUACCUUGUAUAUCUUCAAAUGCUAAUACUCCUGCUGCUUCCACAAACGGUAGUAGCUCCGCCCCAGUAUCUUCUACUACCCAAUCUUUGAACCCAUCAAGUCGUUUUCUUUCUCGUUUUAGUUUCAUUCCUGGUAAUAUAAGCUUCAGACUAAGCAGGGCCAACAGUUUAGGAUCAUCCAGGUCUUGCCCGAUUUCCUCGACGAGUCUUGGAUUGAUGAACAAUGAAGAGGACACUCAUCUACCUAGGGGUCCUCCCAGUGUUGUUGUUGUUGAUACAGAUCAAAAUCAGCGAGGUACUGCUAUGCUUCCCAUGUCACUGAUGAAUAGAGCUCCUGCACUUUGUUGUCAAGACACUUCAAGUAGUUUACAUUUGAAUACUCAACCUGGUUUUUCUGACAACCCGGGAGAUGACCGGACAACUUCUUUUACCCAAGAUAAUGCUAUGAAUACUAGUAGUAGUGGUUCAAGAGUGGGGGUUGAUUUGAACUUGUGCUCGCCUAGAAAUCAUUCUGAAAUGGAUAGUGUUGGAGCAAGACUUUCUGAUAGACACGGUGUAGCUCGAGAGCCUAUUGAGAGAAAUGUUCGUUUCAGCAGAACUCUAAGUGUUGGAAGACUUCGCGAUAGAGUUCUUCGUCGAUCAUCGUUAUCUGAUUUAUCUUUUUGUCCUGUACAACAAGUAGGAGAAGAGAGAGAUACCAAUUUGGGUAGCGGUACUCGGGCUUGGGGCGAUCAAAAUAGGACAUUGGCAUCUGAAAGUACUUCUGUAGUCUCCCCAAAUGCCUCUGGUUAUCCUUCAUCCAGUGUGUCGAGCUCAUUGUUCAGCAUCCAAGAUUAUGAGGUGGAAACAUCCCGGGCAAGAGAAGCCAGGUAUCGUGAUCUUUUGGAGCAUAGAUCAAAUUUCCUUGAAAGGAGGAGAAGAAUACGAUCACAGGUCCGUGCUCUUCAGCGAUUGGGGAGUCGUUUUGAAAACCUUUCUGGACAUGAGAGGUCAUGUAUCAUAUCUGGUCAACAUAGAACCGGACGAUGUACAUGUCGGACUAGUAACCGGGAUCAACAUCUAAAUGAUGACACUAGUGCCAGGGCUAGCAUAUCCAGAAUUGUCAUGUUGGCUGAGGCAUUGUUUGAGGUUCUGGAUGAAAUUCACCAGCAAUCUGUGGUUUUGUCGUCCCGACCUUCUGUAUCUUCAAUUGGAUCUGUUCCUGCACCUUCUGAAGUUGUGGAAUCUUUGCCUGUGAAGUUGUACACCAAGUUGCAUAAACACCAAAACGAGGAAGUUGCUCAAUGUUACAUAUGCCUUGUGGAGUAUGAGGAAGGUGAUAGAAUGCGGAUAUUGCCUUGUCAACAUGAGUUUCACAAAACAUGUGUUGACAAAUGGCUAAAGGAGAUACACAGGGUAUGUCCGCUUUGCCGAGGGGAUAUAUGCAGAUCUGGUUCAUUACCUGCAGAGAACUAAGAUGGGACCAAGGCAGUCUCUUUUUUUUGCAUAUGAUGCUCUAGAAGUUCAGUCCGUUUCUUCUAGUGUUAUCCUCACUUCUUUCUUUCUUGCCUUGAUUUAUUGGUAGAAAUGGACUGAACUUCUUGAAAGUUGAUUGAGAGAGAGCUUUUGCAAGUUAUGAUGAAGGAGAUAGUGUGAAUAUGAUGAGCCCCCCAAAAAAUAGUACUAUUUUGUAUCAUUGAUUAAAUAGCCAGGCCAUUAUUUUUUCAUUUAGAAAAAAAGAAAAUCCUUUGUGGCAUAGCAUUGUUAACACUUGGCCUUUUUGUAAAGUGAAGAGGAAGACUCCCCUUAAUAGAAAGGUGUUGACCAUCGAAAGUUGAAGCAGCUGAGCCAAUAAUUACCAAUCAUUCAUCUGGGAAGAUUUCAAGUGUAUGAAAAAGCAAUUUGGUUCUUUUUUUUUCUUGGCUCGAGGCCAUUUGUGUAUGGUUUCUAAAAAGUUUUCAUUGGGACCUUAGUUUAGCGGAAAGAAGGCUUUUUUGUAUAUUUGUAUUUUGUCUCUGAAAUACAAUGGCCGCAUUCCCAAGCCCAACCACGAGAUCGUACCAUGCUCUCCUUGUUUGCUACCAACCAAUAUAAUAAGAGAUAAUGCCUUCAAGAUAA